CGCUUCAUCCAAAGCCGGCUAGUCGCCUCGUCUCGGCCGCAGAUGGCCGACGACUUGCCGACGGCCACCAUGGAGACCAACGUGAUCGUGUUUUUCGUCAACGGGAAGAAGGUCGUGGACAGCAAUGUGGAUCCUGAGUGGACUCUUCUUUACUAUCUCCGGAAUAAGCUUCGGCUGUGCGGCACCAAGCUGGGAUGCGCCGAGGGUGGCUGCGGCGCCUGCACCGUCAUGGUGUCCAGGCUGGAGCGCAGCACGGGGCAGAUACGGCACCUGGCGGUGAACGCGUGCCUGGCCCCGGUGUGCGCCAUGCACGGCCUGGCCGUCACCACGGUCGAGGGCAUCGGCUCGACGCGCACCCGGCUGCACCCCGUGCAGGAGCGCAUCGCCAAGGCGCACGGCUCGCAGUGCGGCUUCUGCACGCCGGGCAUCGUCAUGUCCAUGUACGCGCUGCUGCGCACCCUGCCCAAGCCCAACAUGCACGACCUGGAGAUGGCCCUGCAAGGCAACUUGUGUCGCUGCACGGGAUACCGCCCCAUUCUCGAGGGCUUCCGGACCUUCACCGAGGAGUACGAGGCGCUGCAGACUGCCAGCCGCACACAGGGACUGCCGAACGGCGACCUCGGCAACGGGCCGAGGAACGGCGGCUGCCCCAUGGGAGACCAGUGCUGCAAGGUGGGCGGCGGGGGCUGCUCAGGCGGCGCCAACGGAGAAGUCAACGGCCUAACCAACGGCCUGGACAACGGCGAGCACAAAGUCAACGGAGGAGGUGAUUGCGACUACAAAGUCAGCGGGAGUGUCAUCGGCGACCACAAAGUCAACGGAAGCGUCAACGGCGACACGUGCGGAACGGAGCGUGUCAACGGCGUUCCCGUGCUCCCCGAUCAGAGAGGCGUUCACGCCCUCGGCGCACUGAAGAAGACCUCUUCCGAUGACAAGUGCUACAGUGCGGAGACCUUUACCCCCUAUGACCCGUCACAAGAGGCCAUUUUCCCACCCGAGCUAAAGAAGAGCGCACUGCUGGACGAGCAGGCGUUACGCGUGGUGGGGCCGCGCGUCACCUGGCUGCGGCCCACGAGUCUGGAGCAGCUGCUGCACCUCAAGGAGCAGCACCCGCAGGCACGCAUCAUCACAGGCAACACGGAAGUCGGUGAGCAGACGAGCAGAGUCGAGCGCGCCGCGGGCUUAAAACCUGGUCCUGGGCCGGCUGUGUUUUCUUCUUUUUUCGCGGUUUUGCUCGGUUGCGAGCGGGGGGGGCAAUCAGAGCAGGGGCGGCAUAGGGCAGAGGCCACGAGGGACUCGGGUUACCCGUGCGGCUGACAGGAUCGCCAGGAC